AUGGAGACUACGUUGCGCACGUUUUGCAUCAUCCCACACGAGGCCCGUGACGAUGAAUUUUUUGACGCCGUCUUCGAAGACGGGGUGCGUGCGUUGUCUCAGGGUCGCUUGCACUCCCUCUUUUUUUCACACGUCCUGAGUCCGGCGCACGACAUUGCCGGCCACGUUGUGGGGCCGCUGCUGAACAAAGUGCGUCAAGGCGGCAGCGUCGCCCUCAUCGUGGCGCUGCCGGAGGAUGAAGCAGACGGGGUUGGCGCUGGCGGUGCGGGCGCCACCUCGGGCGAGAAGCUGGAGGUUUCGCUUGAGCUCUACGCCCACCUGUUGCCGCUGCUGUUCCGUAGCGCUGAGCGCUGCUGCUUUGCGCGGGUGUCGGCCAUCACUUUUAGCGUGCAGGAGAAAAAGAUGCACGACCUGCUACAACGCUGUGAGCUGCGUAGUGAGGGCGAUGCGCAGCAUCAGUUGUUAGAGCGUGAGGGAUCGUCCUCGAGGUGGGGGGCGAUUAUGAAGCUGCUGCAUGAGCGGCAUGCGCAGUUGGAGCGGGGUGGCGUAAUGCCUCUGGAAUCUCUGUUGGUGGUGCGGGUGGAGCUUGAGGGCUACGGCACGGUUGUGCUCGCGGAGGUGGGCUGUGGGCGGAAAACACUUGAUCAGCUGACGCUGUUUCUUCGCAGCGGUGGAGCGUGUGGCAGCAAGACGUAUCCGCCACGGGGCCUGCUCUCGAGCAGCCUGCGCGGCAUGGCGCCACCAGCAGCGUUGGUGCACGUUGUGGGAAUUCCGGAUCCGGCGCCGGCGCCUCGCAACACGAUGCGGCUUCUUCGAUUUAUGUCUUCGAUGUCGCAUGCGCCUGCCGCAGAGUCGACGGAGUUCUCGUUGCGGACCCGCGACGCACCGCAGCAGGAGCAGAAGCCGCGGCAGUCUGAUGCCACCAGCCCGUCACCGGUGUAUUCUCCCUCUGUUGAUGCGGCGGAUGCGAAGCCUGAGGUUGCCGGCGCUGCGCCUGCGUCUCGGAGGCUGGCUCGCCCCUACGCCUGGACGGGGGAGCUGUUUGUUGACCCCUCGCAGUGCGCGCAUGCGCCGCCGUCCCGAGAGUACGCCACCAGCACCCCCACGUGGGACUGGGGCGUCACUCGUCCCGAGCCGCCGUGCCGUGACGCAGCCCGAGCCGCGUUGUCAGGCGCCACGGCGACCCCCGUGGAGGACGCGCUCGCCAUGGGGGCCGUGCCGCGGGCGUCACGGGAGCAGGCGCUCGUGAAUAGGACGACGACCCUGGACCGCGCAAACCGCGAACUCUCAGAGGCGCUAGUUGCCGCCAAGGCGGAAAUUAAGCAUUUGCAGAGCUUGCAGCAGUCCUGUCAGGAGCUCCUACGGCAGAAGCAAGACACAAUCUUUUCCCUGACAGCAUCCAGCGAAAAGGCGAGGCAGGACAACGUAGGUUACACGAAACUGGUCCCAAAGCUACUGCGCAAGAUCAGAGGGCUCGAGAAGGAGCGGGAGACGUUGCAGCAAACUUUGAAGGAGUGGGAGAACCAGAGCAAAGAACUGCAGGAAAACAACCGCCGCCUUCGGGCGGAGCUGCAACGGCAACAAAGAGAGAUGAAGUGCAUGACAAGAAAAGAAACCCAGCGUGUUAGAGAGCACGCCCUGCUUCGUAUCGGGAAGGAUGGCGGAGCGAAGGGGAGCGCCGAAAAGGUUGGUGGCGGGACUACUUCCCCGAAGCGUGUUCGCAGUGUGGCGGCGUCGCCUACGUCCGACGCCAGUAGACGAUCCAGAAGCGGAGGCGCGGCGGAAAGGGAUGGAAAGAAUGGCUCAACACUUCUUGGUGCGAUUGAGGAGCUGCGGCAGCGCAACACGGCACUGGAGGCGGAGGUGCAAACGCUUCGACGGGGGAGACCUGUCACGGAGAAUCCUGCAGGGGACCAUGCAAGUGGAGCAGCAGCGGCGGCGGCGGCAGGUGGCGAGCAGGGGGUGAUGUUUACCGCCUGUGAGACGAUGCGGGAGCACCUUUGCCGCCUCACGGAGGAGCUCCACCGCAGCUACGAGGAAAAUGGGCAGCUACGACGCCUCGUGUCUGAUCGAUCCCUUGUCUCAUCGCACUCGCCGGCAACAGCGCGGGAUGACGUCGUGUCGGUGGUUGCCGCCUCGCUGGUGGCCGGGUGCGAGUCGCUGUGUGCGCAGCUAAAGCACAUGGAGGCGGAGGUUCAUCGCAAGGAAAGCAAAGGCGCAACGCAAACGUUGGCGGGUGGCGUUUUCCACGAGCACGUGGAGGCGGUGGCAGCACUGGGGGCGGCGGUGCGGGACAUCGGUGGUCGACGGUAUCGUGGGGCGGAGAAUUACGAGUCGAUUGUGCCGGCGAGCGCCACCGCCGCAGACGCAGAGCACUUGUCAAGUCUAUUGUCAUUUGAGUUGGAGCGCGAGACACAUUUGCGUGCUUUUGUGCCCACCUUUGCGCAACUUUCUGUGGCGACCGAACACCUCAAAAUGCGUGUUUUUCCCUCAGGGAGUUGA